AUGACUACUCUCGUGGCCGGUGUUCUUCUUCUUCUUUUAUCGGUGACCGGAAUCGUUACAGCCCAGAGAGAUGCCACCGGGGACGUCCUACGGUUAGUAUCGCCCGAAGCUUAUAAGUUCUUCCAUCAAAGCGACGAUGGUAGAGUUGGUGGUUCCAGAUGGGCGGUCCUGAUAGCUGGAUCUCGUGGAUAUGAGAAUUACAGGCAUCAGGCUGAUGUUUGUCAUGCUUAUCAACUCCUGAGGAAGUGUGGUCUGAAAGAUGAAAAUAUAGUUGUCUUUAUGUAUGAUGAUAUCGCUUACAAUGAAAAUAACCCCAGGCCUGGAAUCAUCAUUAACAGUCCUAACGGCUCUGAUGUUUAUCAUGGAGUUCCAAAGGAUUAUACAGGAGACGAUGUCACUGUCAACAACUUUUUCAAUGUUAUCCUCGGAAACAAAGCUGCUAUCACAGGCGGUAGUGGGAAGGUCGUUAAUAGUGGCCCUAAUGAUCAUAUCUUCAUAUUCUACAGUGACCAUGGUGCUUCCGGUGUGCUUGGGAUGCCUGACGAUAGUUAUAUUUAUGCUAACGAUCUUAACUGGGUUUUAAGGAAAAAGCAUGCUUCAGGAACUUAUAAAAGCUUGGUAUUCUAUAUUGAAGCUUGUGAGUCGGGAAGUAUCUUCGACGGUCUUCUUGAUCCCAAAGGUUUGAAUAUCUAUGCGACCACAGCGUCGAAUGCAACAGAGAGUAGCUGGGCAACCUAUUGUCCUGGAGGCCAACCAAGUGCUCCCCCAGAGUACGAUACCUGUUUGGGUGACUUAUAUAGUGUUGCUUGGAUAGAAGACAGUGAAGCACAUGAUCCGCGGACAGAGACUUUGCAGCAACAAUAUCAAAAUGUAAAGAAAAGGGCAACCACCUCUCAUGUCAUGCAAUACGGUGACAUUGUGCUUAGCCUGGACCAUCUCUCUGUAUACUUUGGUGAAAAUACUGCAAAAUAUAACUUGCAGCCACCAACAACAGCUAUUAACCAGCGCGAUGCCGAUCUUGUCCAUUUUUGGGAGAAGUAUCGCAAGGCACCUGAAGGCUCUGCUAAGAAGGCUGAAGCUCAAAAGCAGCUCGUCGAAAUCAUGUCUCAUAGAAUGCAUAUAGACACCAGUGUGAAACUCAUCGGCAACCUCUUAUUCGGAACCGAAAUAGGCCCAGAUGUUUUGAACGUCGUUCGACCAGCUGGACAACCUCUUGUCGAUGAUUGGAAAUGCCUUAAGGAAAUGGUGAAAACUUUCGAAACACACUGUGGAAAGCUGGCCCAGUAUGGGAUGAAAUACAUCCGUUCCUUCGCAAACAUCUGUAAUGCUGGAAUUCAGAUCGAACACAUGGCUGAAGCAUCGGCACAAGCCUGUGUCGGCAUUCAUGCCGAUCAUUGA